AUGCCCCUUGUCGCCAAUCUGGGGGAGAAUGUAAGAGUGGAUGAGCCCCUGAAAAUGCACUGCAGGGACUGUGCCCUAGUGACCAGCUCGGGGCAUCUGCUGCGCAGCCGACAGGGCCCGCAGAUCGACCAGACCGAGUGCGUCAUCCGCAUGAACGACGCUCCCACACGCGGCUACGGGCGCGACGUGGGCAACCGCACCAGCCUGAGGGUCAUCGCGCACUCUAGCAUCCAGAGGAUCCUCCGCAACCGCCAGGACCUGCUCAACGUGAGCCAGGGCACCGUGUUCAUCUUCUGGGGCCCCAGCAGCUACAUGCGGCGCGACGGCAAGGGCCAGGUCUACAACAACCUGCAGCUCCUGAGCCGCGUGCUGCCGCGCCUGAAGGCCUUUAUGACCACGCGCCACAAGAUGCUGCAGUUCGAUGAGCUCUUCAAGCAGGAGACUGGCAAGGACAGGAAGAUCUCUAACACUUGGCUCAGCACUGGCUGGUUCACAAUGACAAUUGCACUGGAGCUCUGUGACAGGAUCAAUGUUUAUGGCAUGGUGCCCCCAGACUUCUGCAGGGAUCCCAACCACCCUUCGGUACCUUAUCACUAUUAUGAACCUUUUGGACCUGAUGAAUGUACAAUGUACCUCUCCCACGAGCGAGGACGGAAGGGUAGUCAUCACCGCUUUAUCACAGAGAAACGCGUCUUUAAGAACUGGGCACGGACAUUCAAUAUUCACUUCUUUCAACCAGACUGGAAACCAGAAUCACUUGCUAUAAAUCAUCCUGAGAAUAAACCUGUGUUCUGAGGAAUGAGUGUGCCAGACUGAAAUCCCAAGUCCCUACUGUAUCAGACACCAGGGCACUGGACUUCCUGAGCCACCAGACACAAAAAAGGGAGAAAACUGGGAGCAAGAAACCCCUCCAGAAGCAACAUGUACAGAUGCCUCUGAGGCAUGACUGUGAAGCAGUGCAGUUGGUUUGUAAGGAGAAAUUACAGAAUUAAUAUGUCCUAAUGAGUGUCGUCUACUUCAAAAGGGGCUACCUUAGGAGCUAACCACUCAUUUCAGUGAUGCUGCCAUGAUUAAAAAUCAUUCUGGAUCUCUUUAAGUAUUGCCUUCAAAACUGAAACACAAGCAACUCAACGUUAGUUGUGUUCCUUUAUAGAAACACCACAUCGAAAGACCUUUUUCUAUCAAGUUGUAUCCUCACCUGAUCUCUAAUCUUUGUCAUCUGUUGGGCUUUGUAUGUGUGAUUUGUAAAAAGUAGCCUGAAAGUAUGGACAUGAUUUCUGAAGAGCACAUCUCCACUGACUUUCAUCAAACAAAUGCCCAAUAUUUAUUUACUGAGAGUUUUUUAGUGUACUCUAUCUAGGCCAGUAUUUUUAUGGAUUAUGAUUAUGUGGUAAUUUAUCCUUCUUAACUCUUUAAUCCUGAACGAUGGUUGGAAAAUACCUAGAAUACGGUUGGUAAGUGACUGUGUUCACGAUGCUCAUUGUUGGCAUGCCAUUGACUUGGAAAUGUUGCGUUGCAUUUUUUGAACCCUUAGGCUUCAAGAAUAGCUAUGACGUUUUCUAACGUAAGGAAAUGCUCCAAAUGACAAAAUUGAAAGCCAAAAACUGUGUUAUUACAACAAAACAAUACUAACAAAAGAAACUUAAGGAUGGUUGUCUUUAGUAAUAGUUGCUGUAGGUUACCUGACGUAAACCCUCGUUUCCUCGUCUGAGAAUGAUGUCCCUGUACUAGACGACCGCAUACGUUUUCCUUCCAAAUGUAAAAUGCGGUGAGCCUCUCGUUCACACAUUUAAGGACUGUGCACUUGGAAUGACUGGGGCUUCUGCAGUAGCAAAAGCCUGAUUUUAGGGAGUCUUUUCAUUCCCCUGCUAUCUAUCUCCCUCUGUGGUUAAAAACAUAACUUCCUGCCUGGUCCCCAUUGGCUACAAUCUACCCCCUGCUUUUCUGGUGUUUCUUGCACUACACACAGGAAGGAAGGAAGGGAGGGAGGGAGGGAGGGAGGAAGGAAAAGAAAAAACACAAAAGAAAACUAAGAAAGACAGAACUGUGGUGUUCCCUGGCUUCAGGAGCAAGGAACUGCCUUUCUCUGAAUCUAUGAGAAGAUAAUACAAGGAGAUUCCCUAGCAUAAGACUCAUUUAUCCUGUGAACUCCAGAUUCCCAUAUUGCAAGUCUUACUUACAUUAUAUUCACAGCCGUUCCCUGGUCUGGAGGGGUAUGAAGGACUUAUUUUAUUCAGGGCCAAGAUAUCAGUUAGUAUGAAAGACCUUCAUUUAAGCUGGUGAUAUUCUUCAAAAAUGGUCCUUUUAAAACUCUACCAGUGUUUUCUUUACACAUGACUUAGAAGGCAUUAGUUUUUCCGAUGCCAGAUUUGAAGGCACCAGCAAGUAUUAUGUGUGGAGACUGACAGUGUUUUAUAGAACAUGACCUGACCUGUGAUUAAAGAAGGUUUCUCACGUUGCCACUUCCUUUCCCUUUCCUUAAUUACUGCUAAAGAUUCCAUUCCCUUGCACUAACUAGUACUGUUAAUUAUAUGGAGUGUUGUGCUUGAGAUGCAGACACAGUCCAGAUAUUUAUACGUCAGAAACAAAGUAUUAUUGUGGUCUAGCUUGAAUUGUUAAAAGCCAAUAUAAUCGAAAUGUAUGUGUUCUUUAAAUUUUCUCAUUGUUUUUAAAGAGACCGUAGAAUUGUAUUUCAGCACAAUCUCUUCUGCAGCAUGGACUCUGAACACACAAUACUUUGUGAAUGUAUGGAAAAGAGCAUGAAUUUCAUGACUGGAUUUAUAGGCCAUCUUUACCAUCACUCGAAGACAUUAUGUUGUCCAGAUGUAAGUAGGCUCCUUUAACAAGUUUUAUCUUUAUGGAAACUUGGAAAGGCAGAGUUGGAACAUGCGAAGAUGUAGCUGUAUUACCUACUCUAAUAAUAUCUCAAAUGCCUGUGUUAUCUUUAGGUUUUGGGAUUUGUUUUCUUUUUUUUUUUUUUAAAGACCAUAUGAUAACUCCCAUCUUUUUUGUAACUUCUUCCUCCCAAAUACUCAAAAGAGUGAAAAGCAACCAAAUUCUGAAAUUCCUGGCUUCACUGGGAAAUAGCUUAAAUCUAAAUGUAGGUAAGAUACGUAUGUGAAUUUAUAUUUUUAAAAAUAUGGUAUAAAAAAGUGCAAGAAUUAUCACUUGGGCAGUGGUUUUUAUUAUAGCAUUUAAAGAAAAUGCCUAGAAUUCUGAUAGAUUGUGCUGAUGGUCCUGGCCGUGGGCAAUUGAAUUCUUAUCUUGCCACUGUCGUUUUGUGACUAUCGGUCUCAACACCAUUCAAUAACAUUAAACAUCAGCUCUGAUAUAAAAGAUGCCUGCAGAACCA